CACAGCGGACCAUUGCCAAUUGUUAGUUGAAUUUAUCUAAGUUAAAGUGACGGGGAGGUAUUUAAAAAUGCGAGGACUUUUAAGUUCUUUGGUCCUUCAAGCCUUGUUGCUGGCCGUGAUGGUUCAUCUGAGCACCCAAACGCGUUACUUAAACGAAACCGAUGAUGUCUGUCGGCUUUUUAAGGAUGGUACCAAGCUCUUGAAGCCCGGAACCUGCAGCGAGUCGAUCAUUUGCCAAAACUUUGAAUCAACCCCAGGCCAAACCUGCUCCGGUUCUACGCCGUACUUCAGUGCUGUCGAUGGUAAAUGCAAAGCAUCCGCGGCUAAGUACUGCGACACAAACAAAAUAUGCAAAGGAUCUGGAACGGGCUAUAUUGGAGAUAGCAUAAAUUGUGCAAACUGGUACUACUGCGAUGCAGAUGCGUUGUUGGGCAAAGGUGCAUGCGCCCUAGGAAUGCACUUCGAUCAAGCAAGCAGGAUGUGCGUCUAUCCGGAGGACACAGAGUGUGCCGCGCAAUACGAAAUCUGCGACAUUGCGCCCGAGAAAACACCCUUCCGCGAUGAGGCCAACUGCCACAUGUACUUUACCUGCAAGAGCAAUAGUCAGAAUAAGAAUACAUGCGAAAAUGGCCUGUAUUACAACGUGGCCACCGGAACUUGUGUGAAGAAAAAGGAAGUUAUCUGCGAGAACCAUCCGCUCCCGGAGGAGGUGUGUGGCAACAAAAAGCUGGCGGUGCGCAACAAAUUCGUUUCGGAUAUGGCCACAUGUCGCGGCUACUACUACUGCCGGGAUCUGGGGUCCGGCAUCCCCGAUCCCGAUCCCAUAUACCAGCAGUGCGACCAGAACAACUUCUUCAAUAUGGAGCGACAGGGUUGCAUGCCGCGUGAGAGCCAGAAGUGCGACUACGAUAGAUGUGAUGGCCGCAAGGAAGGCUUUGAAGUGGCUGAAAUCGAUGGAUGCCACCACUACAUCGAGUGCGUCGAUGGCCGGGAAACCACUCCUAUUAGCUGUGAGAAUAAGUAUUUCGACGUUGUCAAGCAGAGCUGCAGCGAAACCCACUUGGUUUACGGAGCUUGUUCCUCUUAACUGCAUUUCAUUUGCCAGCUGUUCGUUAGGUAUUAUUUGCAAAUAAAAAGCCCAUGUCUAUAUCACUGU